UUCGCGUUUUUUCCAGCUCAAAUACGAAAUGAGUGGAUAUGUGCGCCGCCCGGGCGGCGACAUUGACAGUAAUUUGUCGAAUAUUCUCGUUCGCCAUUUUGUAAAUGCUAUGGAAUUCUGUGUUAAGUAAUCAACGUGAGGUCAUAUUUGGAUAAAUCUGUUCGGAUUUUGUGAUGUCUGAGAAUUCUGUAGUGAGGAAGGAGCCUCUGAAACGGCAUGAUGUCGCGAGACCUCUGCAUAUCCAGAGGCUGGAGGCCGCCCUAGACGUGAGGCCAUUUGUGAACCAAGUUGAGAAAAUAUUGAACUCCGAUGAGGAGAGUGGAUCUGACAAUGACUCGGAUGACAAGUCUCUUAUACUUGAGAUGUCUAGGGGGGAUAAGGACAUGCACGGGGUUGUCACUUCAAAACAAGAGCGCCAAAGUGAUCGUCUCAGAUUAUACAACUUGUCUUCUGUCGGAGAGGAGAGGGAGUGGCUCAGAAAUGUUUUAAUAUCAUCUGAGUCAGAUUCGAGCAGUGAUGAUGACACACCAGCUGGCAAAGAGAGGAGAAUCAAGUGGAUGUUAAAAGAGAGAUAUUACCAUAAUAAAUAUGCAAAGAAAUAUUAUAAUGAUUCAGGGAACUCCCGGUACAUGUAUUAUGGAGCUGGACUUCUAUCUACAAUAGAUAGGUACCCUGAGAGAAAGAUAAAUAAGCCUUUGGCCACACCAACAAGUAGAGGUCGCCGGGGCCGCCCAGCAGAGAAGAAUGUGCCGCGUAAUGUGCAGAGGAUGAAGAAGAAUAAGGCAGAUAAUAAGAAUACCAGUGAAACAAAUGACUUGCCUGAAGGCAUAGACUGGGAGGAACAGCUACUGAAUUUGAAGGAAGAAAAGGAUGAUGAUGAUUUUGUGAUAUCUGAAAAACAAUCAGCCAGGGGCAGAAAGAAGCUUACAACACUCAAGAGCCCUGAAGCAUUGACUGCAAGAAGACGGAGACAUUGGCAACUGCUAGUUAAAAAGGAAUUGGGUAAAGUGCAAAGAGCAAGAGCGGCAACACACAGGGAAGUUAUGUUGCAACGCAAAAGACUGGCAACACUGUGCUGCAAGCAUUGGAGGCAUGUAGCUAUGCAGUCAACAAAGAACAUGAAAGAGACAGUAUGGCGGCGGUGCAAGCGUCUGAGUCGCGAGAUGCAAGCGUACUGGCGCCGGUACGACAGAGCAGAGAAGGAAGCCCGACGACGCUUGGAAAAAGAGGCCGAAGAGCAACGCAAGAUGGACGUCGAACUAAUGGAGGCGAAGCGGCAGCGGCGGAAACUCAACUUUUUGAUCACACAAACGGAGUUGUACGCUCACUUCAUGCAGCGGAAACUCAACGCGGACGAGGGCGACAGCGGCGCGGACAGGAUACUGAGACAGUUGGACGAGGACAGGGACCCUAGACUCGCUGCUAUUGACAACUAUGACAGCGAAGCCAUGAAAGCCCGUGCGUCCCGCAACGCGCGGGAGGCGGUACGCGCGGAGCGGUCACGCGCGGCGGCGACGCAUGCGCCGCGUACGAGCGAGCGGGGCGACCACGAUCAGCCAUCUAUAUUCCGAGGGACGCUCAAGGGAUACCAGCUGAAGGGCAUGAACUGGCUCGCUAACUUGUACGACCAGGGUAUAAGUGGCAUUCUAGCGGAUGAAAUGGGUCUGGGCAAGACGGUGCAGUGCAUAGCGUUUCUCUGCCACGUGGCGGAGAGGCUGGGGGUGUGGGGUCCAUUCCUGGUGGUGUCUCCGGCAUCAACGUUACACAACUGGCAGCAGGAGAUGCAGCGGUUUGUGCCGGAUUUUAAAGUGGUUCCAUAUUGGGGUAGUCCCAGCGAGAGAAAGAUUCUCCGUCAAUUCUGGGAGAGAAAGGAUCUUCAUACUAGUCAAGCGGCUUUUCAUGUGGUGGUAACGUCUUACCAGAUAGUCGUGUCUGAUCUCAAGUAUCUAAAUAGGGUUUCCUGGCAAUAUAUGAUACUGGAUGAAGCUCAGGCCAUAAAGAGCUCGGCUAGCAUGCGGUGGAAACUCCUACUGGGAUUCAGCUGUAGAAACCGUUUGUUACUGUCAGGUACACCGAUACAAAACAGUAUGGCGGAGCUCUGGGCACUCCUGCACUUUAUAAUGCCCACGCUGUUUGACUCGCACGAGGAAUUCAAUGAGUGGUUCUCCAAGGAUAUUGAGAGUCACGCGGAAAAUAAGAGCACCAUUGAUGAGAAACAUUUAUCGAGGUUGCAUAUGAUUUUGAAGCCGUUUAUGUUGAGACGUAUCAAGAAGGAUGUUGAAAAUGAGUUGUCCGACAAAAUCGAGGUGAUGGUACACUGCCCGCUCACGAUACGACAGAAACUAUUGUAUAUAGCACUAAAGAAGAAAAUUAAAAUAGAGGAGUUACUACAUUACUCUGUUGGAGCAGAGUCUGGUCAUAAUGUUGACAAGAACUUCACAUCUAAUUUGAUGAAUUUAGUCAUGCAGUUUAGGAAGGUAUGUAACCACCCUGAGCUAUUCGAGAGGAGGGACGUCCGGUCACCGUUUGUGAUGCAAGUCGAUGAUUAUCAUCUACCCAAGUUGGUAGCGGAGGAUGGUAUACUGAGUGACAGUACACCGUCCCAAAGACACCUGCUAUAUAACAAACUGAGUGUGCUGGCUACGGAGUAUGUUCACCGGAAUAUGUGGGAAGGGUUCUCGUUCAGUCGAUUCAUGGACUUGUCUCCAAUGGAGUUGCACAGGGUGACUGUGUGCAGUAUGAUGUAUGCGGUCCAACAUAUCGAGCAAUGUUUUGACAAGUAUGAGAAGCUGCGGCAUCGACGAACAUGGUGGACAGACGAAGAUAGUGACGAUAAACAAACUGAUUAUUAUAAGAAAAUUAAUUAUAAGGAUAUGCUGUUAGUGUGUCCCAACGCGGAUAUACUGAAGGCGCGGAAACACGACAGUCUGUUGUGGCGAGAACUGCUCUUUACAGACCCAUUGUGGGUUACAGGAGGUCCAUUCUAUACGCACACAGAUCACGUGAUACACUACAUGCCCGAAACCGUAGAGCAUAGAGCGUUGCGUACGCGACAUCUGAAAGAAAAUGAGGAACAGCCGGAGAUGUUGAAAGAAAUCAAAAGUGAAGAUGGUGAGAUGGUCGCAGUGGACGAGACGCAGGCGCCGGAGUGUACGCACGAGGCCCGCCCAUCGCGCACGUACACGCACGUCCCCACGCCGCUACCGCCCUUCCUAUGCACGGCGCAGCACAAGGUGCUUGCGUGCGGCGGCGACGCGUUCGCCGUGUCGCGCCGGUUCGCGCACGCGAUUCGUGCGGCGCGGCUGCGAGCGCGCACGCACGACCUCGCGCCGCUCGUGCACGCCGCGCGCCCGCACCACGGUUGGGCGGAGCUACAGGUGCCAGACAAGAACCAGCUAGUGAGCGACGCGGGCAAGCUCACGGUUCUGGACUCGCUACUGCGGCGGCUCAAGGAGCGAGGACACCGCGUGCUCAUAUACAGCCAGAUGACCAAAAUGAUUGAUCUGCUAGAGGAGUACAUGUGGCAUAGAAAACACAAGUAUAUGCGACUGGACGGGUCGAGUAAAAUCUCCGCUAGAAGAGACAUGGUCGCCGACUUCCAGGCUCGCGCCGACAUCUUCGUGUUCCUGCUGUCGACGCGCGCCGGCGGACUCGGCAUCAACCUCACUGCCGCCGAUACUGUGAUAUUCUACGACUCUGACUGGAACCCCACGGUGGACCAGCAGGCGAUGGACCGCGCUCACCGGCUCGGCCAGACCAAGCAGGUCACCGUCUACCGCCUCAUCUGCAAGGGCACCAUCGAGGAGCGGAUCAUGCAGCGGGCCAAGGAGAAGAGCGAGAUUCAAAGGAUGGUCAUAAGCGGUGGCAAUUUUAAACCCGACACACUCAAGCCAAAAGAAGUGGUGUCGUUACUUUUAGACGACGAAGAAAUAGAAUUAAAAUAUCGACAAAAGUCUGAAGAGAAAAAGCUGGAGGAAAGAGAACGGAAACGAAAGAGCGGUUUGUUACCCCAGGGUGGUGUGGGCGAGGCUAAGCGGCCCCGCGACUCGACGUCGGAGCCCGGCAGCCCGCUGCAAGUGGACGACGACAGCGACGCACUAGUGCUGGACGAGCCGCACCAGUUCUCACCGGUGCGACUGUCGCGCGGGACUCGCGGCGCGCGUCGCGGUCGGCCGCGCGGCUCGCGUCACGCCGGCACGCGACGAGAGGAGGUGCGAGAGGCGCCCGCCGCUGCUGCUGCUAUUGCUGCAGGAGCGGCGCUGCUGGACGGCGACGGGCCGCUAGAGGCGAGCACUGCGAGUGUGGGCGGGGCCGGUGCGGAGCGCGCGCGGCGCGGGCCCGGCCGGCCGCGGCUGCGAGCGGCGCGCGGCCCGGUACGGGCUGCGAGACGCGCGCGGCGACCACGCGAGCCGCUGUUGGUGCCGCUAGCGCCGCCGCCAUAGCACACACUACACAGGUGAAACACUACACAGGUAACUCUGCCCGGACGGUGUAUGCUGCCUCAACCAGUGCAAUCUCUAAAGACGUUCGUAUCAAACCAUAAAAAGUUAAUAUACCUAGCGGAAUAGAGCAACAAUCUCG